CUCCCUCUACCGCUAUAAGCCGCUAUACCAUCUUCCAUCGCGAAAUAGCCCUUGGCAUGGCAUCCUCCAAAAUAAAACCCUCCCAGUUAGCAGAUGCAGUUCUUAGCUCAGUCCUUGACGGCUCAUAUCCGGAUUCUGAUGACGUCGCGGGAGCUGUCCUCGAAGCCUCAGCACUCCCGGAAAUUAUCGCCCCCCUACAAAAGGCUCGAGAAAGCCUCUAUGAUGGGGUGCGAACAGUCAGCCGAGAAAGCGGACCUGAAGUUGAUUCAUGGAUAUCCCAAGCCCGAGGACUCCACAAAGAUAUCGAAUCAUCCAAAACAAAGGCAGACGAAAUAGUACAGCUAGCGGAACAGGAGAAACGGCUUAAUCUAGAACUUGAAGAUUCCAUUAUGCAGGCUCGAUUACUAGUAUCCGAGAUCAAUUUCAACGAGGCUUUAGCAGAGAUAUUAUCAAAGCUACAGUUAAUUGACCUCACCUUAUAUCAAGUCAAGCAUUUACUGAAUACUGGGGAAUUGUGCCAGGCCAUUGAGGCCCUCGAUAAUGUCGAGGUUGCUCUAGAAAAGCUGCCCGUGUCUGGAGAAACGAUCGUUAUCAGCUUAAUGAAAGAGAAGGCGAAGGGCUUGAGAUCUAUGCUAGUUAACAAAUUAGAGGACUGCUGGAGGUAUCUUUUGAGAAUCAAUCCCGGAAAGGGCGGGAUUUCGAUCGACAGAGAUGCGGCAGGCUCCUGUCCACUGGUCGAAAGUGUCAUUGAAGCUCUGAAGAAACUGGAUCUUCUCAACGGGAAAAUAGAUCACUUGCAUCACCAAAUCGAUAAAUUACUUGUCGCUCCUCGAUUCGAUUCGAUAAAGGGCUCAGCUCCUACAUUCUCGGUGGCAGGGAAUUCCAUAUGCAUGGGUGGAAACACCAACGACCUAAGUGCAACGCGCAUGUUUAACGACCUACGCCAGCUGAUUACCUUCUUCAACAGAAACCUUCCAUCGGGAAUUACCCCGUUGUUCUCCCGUAUCUUUAUAGCCAACCUGACUACGCGAUUAAUGUCUUCUUUAUCAUCCUCUGUGCCCUCAUCGUUAGACGAUUUACCAAAAUUUGAAGCGCUUCUCAAAGAAACGAGAGAAUUUGAAAAGUUUUUGCACCAGAUAUCUUGGACGAAAGAGACAGAAUUGCGAGAAUGGACUGAGAGGGCGCCGAAAGUAUGGCUGUCAAAGAGAAAAGAAACUUCACUAGACAAAGCCAGGCAAAUAUUAUCACGUGGGACUAGUGAUGUUAAGGUCGUAGAAAGAACAGAGACACAAGAGAUGAAGGUCGCUUCCCCCACCGAAAGAAGGAAAUCAGUAGGUGCCCCAAUGGAUGUCUGGAAUGACGAUUGCGGGUGGGGAUAUGAGGACGCGCCUGUAGAUACUGCUGCCGCAGCGGAUUCGCUGCAAAUCGACAUGGACGACGAUGAUGCUAGCGGUUGGGGCUUAGACGAGGAUAUCGACAUCGAAGACGAAGAGCAAAAAGAUGAGAAAUCUAGCCAGCCAGUAGAUGUCCCAACUGAGGAGGAUGGUUUGGAUAACCUUGAUUGGGGGGAAUGGGGAGAAGACGACCCAGGAAUCGAAGCCCGAGAGUCUAUGGCAGCUUCCGACACAGCCCCGGCGAAGAAACCAACGGAAUCGAAGCCAGCGAUAAGAUAUUCGAGUUCUCACUCUGGGGACAUCACACUUAGGGAAAGCUACACAAUUACCUCAAUACCCGAUGCAAUCAUGGAGAUUAUCGUGCGAGUAGCCGACGAAGCGAAGCGAUUAUCAAAUAUGCCCCCCUCUGCCGUCACGCCAGCUGCUUCUGGCAUGUUGUCGAUUCCUUCUCUCGUACUCGCCGCCUACCGGGCACUAGCACCGACUUCCUAUCCCACUAAUAUAUCAUCUAACAUGUACGUCUAUAACGACUGUGUUCGAAUAGCCGAACAGUUACAAGACUUAGAGGUCACGGUAGAGCUAACCCACCCAAACAAUAACUGGGAUACUGACAUCAAUAUUAUCCAAUCCUUUGGCAAACGCCAUUAUUCCAAGGAGAUAGGCCUUCAACGAACGGUACUAUGCGACUUUCUCGAUGGUGCGAAAGGUUUCGUGGGCUGCACCAACUUCCCCCAAUCGGCAGACUGCCAAACAGCGAUCUCAUCAGUAGUCGCUCGGAUAAAUGGAAUCUACACUAGCUGGUCCCAAGUGCUUUCGCCAUCAGUACUCUUUCAGUCUGUCGGCCUACUUCUGAAUACUGUUGUCACCAAACUUAUCAACGACAUCGAGGACAUUCCCGACAUCCCAGCCGCCGACUCCGAGAAGAUAUGUACAUUCUUUGAAGAAAUUGCGACAUUGGAAAGCCUAUUCCCCGAUGCGCCGGGUGGAGCAGGAGUUUCCACAACCGGGUUCCACUGCAAGAACUGGCUCAAAUUCCGGUUCCUGCAGCAAAUCCUAGAUAGCAGGAUCGCGGAUAUCUUGUACAUGUUUAGAGAAGGGCAUUUGGAGGGGUUUGAAACGGAGGAGUUGGUGGAUCUUGUCAAAGCGCUGUUUGCGGAUAACGACAAUCGGAAGAAGUGUAUCGAUGAGAUUCGGAGUGGGGGACACUAG